UGGUGCGCAUCCAGCGCGAUGGAGAAGUGGCGCUUGCCGGGGAUGCGCCUUUGCAGCUGUGUCGUGCGCCCCACGCCGGCCUGUUUCCUCCUCUUCCUCCUCCUUUGCACUGUUCCCAGCCAAGCUGAGGAGCCCCCCUGCCUGCUGCCCUGCGAUUGCCCCCCAGAGCCUCCGCCCUGCCCCCCAGGGGUGCCCUCCGUCUUGGAUGGAUGUUCCUGCUGCUUGACCUGUGCCCGGCAACGUGGCCAAAGCUGCUCAGAGAAGAUGCCCUGCGAUCAAAGCGCAGGCCUCUACUGCGACCGAGGGGAUGGCACCCAGGCUGGCAUGGGCAUCUGCAUGGAUCUCGAAGGAGACAACUGUGUAUUUGAUGGAAUUAUUUACCGGAGUGGAGAGACAUUCCAGCCCAACUGUAAAUAUCACUGUACGUGCAGAGAUGGACAGAUCGGCUGCGUGCCUCGCUGUAACCUUGACCUCCUGCUUCCGGGUCCAGACUGUCCCUUCCCACGAAAAAUCGAAGUCCCCAAGGAGUGCUGUGAGCAGUGGUCUUGUGACUCCAAAGAGGAUGUUGAUGUGGGAGGCUUUGCAAUGGCAGCAUUUAGGCAAGAAGCUACUCUUGGAAUUGAUGGUUCAGAUUCAAGUUCCAACUGCAUUGAGCAGACAACAGAAUGGAGCGCAUGUUCCACAACUUGUGGGAUGGGAAUCUCCACGCGGGUCACUAACAAGAACCCAACCUGUGAGAUGAUGAAAGAGACCAGGCUCUGUGAAGUUCGGCCUUGUGAAAAGAGCCAGUUACUCCAAAAGAAAGGGAAGAGAUGUGUCCGGACCAAGAAGUCUCUAAUGGCCAUUCACUUGGGGUACAAUAACUGUACCAGUGUCCAGAUGUAUAAACCCCGCUAUUGCGGCAUCUGCAAUGAUGGACGAUGUUGUACCCCACACACUACAAAAACCAUCCAGGUUGAAUUUCGUUGCCCUGAAGGGAAUCUCGUCAAACACCCUGUGAUGUCCAUCUCUACCUGUAUUUGCCAUGGCAACUGUCCACAGGAUAGCAACACGUUCUUCCGAAAGCUUGGUUGAAAAAUAACAGUCAGGGAUAUAAAAUGAACUACUUCAAAAGGGAAACCAUUAAAAUUUACAUCUGUAAUAUUGGUAUUGUUUGUUUCCUUGUUUGAAAGAGUCUGGUUGAGGAAAUAUUAUACUUAAAUAUAGUCUCAUUUUCAUUUGGUUCAUUUGGAGUUCCUUGAAAUCGUUGCUUCAAGCACUGUCAGCCCAUCCGUGGCUUUCUUAAUUCAAGUUAAGACUUCUUAGAAACUACAAGCACUAAAUUCAUUGUUCCAUAGCUUUUUGUGCUAUUUCCACAUUCUUGGUGAAAUGUAAACACCAUGCUCAAUAUGUUUGUAUUAUCAAAAGGCCUUAUCAUUGCACCCUUAUGUGUCUAUAGAGUGGCAGGUUGAAACUAAUCCAAAUUUGGCAAGGGAGUUUUUCUGAGAUGGAAGCCAAAGGCAUUUUCCAAAGAAACAAAAGACUAAGAAACGAACGCUUUCCUUGUUUAUGGUUCCCUGUCAUUCAGUUUCCAGCUCUUGAUUUCUCUUUGUUCUCCCCACUUCCAUCCAAGAAGCUGACCCCAGGUUUUUACAACCAGCCCACUGCCACUUUUCUAACCCUCUUCUGUUGAUCCUUGAAGUGUCUCCAAAAGGGCAUCAUUGCCCUAAAAAGCUGGGGAAGACUGCAAGUCUUAAAAGAUGGCUGAAAAUGCAUUUAUUCGUGUCUCUUAAGUAAGGAACCAUCUGGAAGACUCUUCCAGGAGGGGGGAAAAGGAGUGAACUGGUUUUGAGGUUGUUCUAAAAAGAGUCAGUUACAGAGAACGGGAGUUGCAAUUGUAACUAUGUGCGGCAAUAGUUGACCCACUGAAAUGAACUUUCAUGUAACCAAAGACAUCUCCAUAUGGUGUCAUAUUCAUGUGAAUUUAGUUCUUAAGAUGUUCAUAGUACCUGAACUAUGCGUAUUGCAAAUCCCAGGACAACGUAUUUCAACUGGUGUUGGGUUGCUAAUUUUUCUUCAAUCAGAUUUAGUAUUCUGAAGUAUUCUGUGCAGAAGCUUAGAGUUGGACUUUCUUUUUGUGGUGAGAAAGCAAACACUGUAAAUCUCUAAAGUUAGACCUAUGUUUUAUAGAAAUGGCAAUGUAAAUAGAAAAUAUACAUAGGGCAGUCCUGUUUUUCUGUAAAAUGUUCAAAUGUUGCUGAAUAAAAUAUACCUUAAUGCGUG